GAUUAUAAUGUUCCAAUAUUUCUUAUGCAGGUAAAUAACAGAACAUAACUACAUCAUGUAUGCUGAAACGAAAAGGCGGACAUACUUCCAGAUGGGGAUAUUUCUCGUCGGGAUUGGGUUUUUGCUGUCCCUAAUCGGGGUUUAUUACGUCAAUGGGCUGAACUACAUUGGAUCAACAGUGUACGGUCUUGCAACGCAGAGGGCGGCAACACUGUGGGGAGGAAUCCUGCUUGUCUGUCUUGCCCUGAGGAAUGUCACUCUAGGUCAUCCUAGCAACAGAUUCGCAACAGAUUCCAUGUGGGAUACAUUUUCAGCGAUCUUCACCAAUCUGUUGGCAUUCCUCAUCUCCGGUGCUGUAGUAGGAGUCACCCUGUGGGCUCACAUUGACUUUCUGAGGAAUGUAGAUGUCUCAACACUUGAGGGCAGCACAGAGCUCGUAAACCUGAUCGCUAUUCUCUUGUUGGGCACACUUGGCAUGCUGACGACUAUUGUUGGCUGCAUAGUAGCAUGUUUCCCCAUCUCAGACGGGCAGGCACCCCCAGCCGGUGAACAAUUCGCAAUGGACAACCAGGGGUUUAACAAACACUAAAGAAACAACAACAUCUACAUGUUACUUAGAGCUGGGCGUAAACACACGAAAAAAAAAUCUUCAAACUUUUCUGCAAACUGAUCCACCGGGCGCCUGAACUUCAAUUUGAAACUACGCCCUCUCUCGGCUGAGCAUGCAGUAAAUACAACAACCAACGGGGUAAAGUCAAUGCAUCGCGUUUUGGCAUGCUACUGCCCGUGCAGUUGUGAUUAUAGAUGAUGCAACUAGCGAGAGAUUAUUAUAACAACAACAACAAUUAGGGUAUAUAUUUAUAAAAAGAAAAUGUUUUCUUAUAGAUAAACCUGGGCUAAAGAUAUAAAGUGAAGAUUAAAAGAUGAUUAUGUAAACCCUUCUUUCUAAAUUCCUUAGAUUGCGAUCGGGGACCAAUCCAAAGUUUGAUUGAAGAUUUCAAUCGAAUAGAUUGAGACUUCAAUCUUAUUUGAUUGAAACAGUCCCAGACCACUAUCUAUGAGAUUGACUUUUUUCAAUCUACGGAAUUUAGAGAGUUUUGAUUUACAACAGUUCCGCUUGUCUGUAUAGCAUAACUGUGCAGUGUUUUAAUCUAUUGAAUGCGGUUUGUUAUUGAUAUGUGCAUAAAUCAUUUUGAUUUGAUUUUUUUUAAAGAUAUUGCCAUUGCAAAUAUCAAUUCAAUAAGAUUAUGAACAUGUAUAGUUUUAGUGUGUUUCAUUAUUUAUCACUAUUAACCCUAUUUUGGUAGGUUUUUUAAAUUUUAUUUUGAAAAUUAGAUGUUUUUUAGACUUUUUGUGAAUUGUUUGAAAACUUGUAUUUUAUGAAUAUUGGCUAAAGACACAAUCACAACAUCAUAACCGAUUCCAGAUCAUCAAAGCUAUUGUUUGAAUGGAAUAUCAUUAGUUUGUUCACUGUAAAAACGCUGUUUAAAAUUGUAAGCACGUUGUGCAAGCCCGUCACUCUAACAGCUGCUGUUUGAACUUUUUAAACAAUUGUUUAAACUAUUUGAACAACUGUUUUAACCUUUUAAACAACUGUUUGAACUGUUUAAACAACCGUUUUUGCUUUUUAAACAGCUGUUUAAAAAGUUUAAAUGAUUACAAAAAGUUUAAACAACUUAUUGUUAGAGUGACAAGCUUAAACAACGUGCUAUAUUUUUAACUGUGUUUGGAGUUGGCUCAGCUUAUCACUGACUGCUGCAUGCACAAUAUGUGUGUAGAAUAGGGGUUAAUAAGGGGGUUAUCAGUCUAGGGCGUAAUUAUUUCCUUUAUUUAAUUGUUUUUAAACAUGUAAAAUUGUAGCCUAUAUACAAAUCGAAAUGAAAUUCAUACUGUAACCUAAUACAUAUAAUAAUGAAUCGAAUGAUAGUAAAUAGAAGAAAAUUAAAAUAAUAAAAAUGAAACUCAAUGUCAUCGAAAUCGGAUGAAUGAUAUUAUUUUUUGUUGAACUUCAGUUAGGUUUAUCAAUACUUCUGAAAUAUCUAGGUUCAUGUUUGAAUUAUGAAAAUCAUUGGUAUUUUAACCCUCUUUGUAUACUGUCAUUUUUCUUCUAUGAUUUUUUCAGUUACAUUAUGAUGUUUGCAAUGUUGUACCUGUACAAUAUGUCUGUAUAUUUUAAUCCCAGUUUUAUACAAUUUAGAAUUUAAUCAAGAAUUAAUUUCUUGAUAUUAUAAGAAAAUGAAUAAAUAACAAGAAUCGUCGUCACUUGCACAACUCUGCACAGUUUGAAUAUUUGAGGUUUGCUCCAAAAAAGCUGUUUAAAUAUUUAAACUCUAACGACUAUUAUUUUGAAUAAUUCAUAUACAACAAGUCGAUUCAAUUAGUAAAUAUUCAAUAUACAGCAAAAAAAUGUAUAGACAAUUUUUAAAUAUUGUAUUGGUGUAGAACGUUGGUUUGAUUUGAGAGAAUGUACAUUUUCUUAUAUAUUUUUGUAACAAAUUUCUUAUUUUGUUGGAAAAUAUCAUGUAUAUAUUACUAUUAUGGUUUUAUAGACCAUGUUUCAUCGUUUUCACAACAAAGCGAACAGCACAAAGAAAUUGAUGUCUUGUGGCUGAUGUUUUUUAACGAAUAUUUUGGCAUUGAAUGAUUUUUAAAGGAAUGUUAAUUUGAUGAGAUACAUGGUCAGGCAUGUGGCAUUGGAUUUUUUCUUCAAAGAAUUGAUUUGAUGAUAUCAAACAAAAAUUCUAAAUAAUAUGAUAUUUAUGGUAAACUUCUUGUAUAUAUAUAUAUACUGUAUAUAUAUAUAUAUAUAUAUAUAUACAA